AUGAUCAAUGAUGCGUUAAAAAAGUUUGCUAUUGUUAAGUUCGAUGUGAUUUCGACAUAUGGGACUAAUCCGUAUAAAGUCGUGCCAUUUAAAUGGGUAAAGGACACAGAUAAAAAUAAGGUUUUAGCCCAAUAUCCAUCAAAGGACGAUGUGUUUAAGGAAUUUGAAAACAUUUUAAAGUGCAACGAACCUAAGUCAAGAUGGAUAGAGUGCAGUGGUAGUUUAGAAUAUCUAACAAAUUCCUAUCUCGAUGGGUUGAUAUUCAUCAAGACUAGAAGGAAUGAAUUUAUUCCAGAAGAAUUGAUGUUCCUUGACUACACAGAACGGUUUUACAUACAAAAUGACUGGUAA